AUGUCGAAAAUAUCCAAGGUCAACCAUGCGGCGGGUAUCUUCGCUGAUAUCUCCGUCGAUGGUCCUAUCAUUGGAACUCUGGUCGUUAUUAUCGACCGCGCCAAAAACCUGCCCAACCGUAAGACUAUGGGCAAGCAGAACCCGUAUGCUGCAGCAAGAUUGGGCAAAGAAGCAAAGAAGACACAGACAGAUUUGAGAGGAGGACAGACUCCCAGAUGGGACUCCGAACUCCGUUUCACCGUACACGAAUCCCCUGAUUACUACAAACUGAAGGUUUCCGUGUUUAAUGACGACAAGAAGACUGACAUUAUCGGAGAGACCUGGAUCGAUUUGCAGAACCUGAUCAUUCCCGGUGGAAGUCAGAACGAUCACUGGCACCCAUUGCAGUGCCGUGGAAAAUAUGCUGGAGAAAUCCGAAUGGAGAUGACGUACUACGACACCCGACAACAAGAUGAGGCUCUGAUUGAGCGCCGACAAGAAGCAGCAGAUAGAGUCCAGGGCAAAAUCCCACCCACUCCCAGCAGUACGGGUUUGUCCGGUCCCCGACAAUUGAAGGAUGUUAAGCGACGACCAUUGCCAAGCGGCCCUCCGGGUGCCCCAGUGAGGCUAGCCGUGCUUGAAAAAGUUCACUCGGCUCCGCCGCUUCAGCAUCCGGCUCCGUCCAGGCCGGUUAUCCCCGAGCAUCUGAAUUCCGUAUCGACUUUACCAGAGCCUUUGCCCCAGCCCAAGAGACAUUCAGAGCCUGUAUAUGAUGCAGCGGCUUAUCGCGCACCUUCCCCUGUUCCCCCUCCUUCUCGGGGUGGAUAUGAUGGUGUCGAUAGUUACCCCCAAGAAUGGGAAAACUCAGCUGUUGUUGCCCCCCUCCGCAGGCAAACCACUCACGAACUUCCAUAUGCUUCCCAGGAGGUUGUUGAAACUCCAUAUGAUCCCCCAUAUGACCCGCGCCCACAACAACAAAGGAGCCAAUCUGAUUAUGAACAACCACCUUCCCGGGACUAUCAACUGGACAUGGAGCAUUCAUAUGAAUUAGAUGCCCGUGGGGCGCCAUACCAUCCCGCACAACAAGAUCCAUACGCUCAAAUCGAGCAGCCCAGAUAUAACCCAGAUCCCAUUUCUUAUGGAGCACCACAAGUACAUGAACUGCCAACUUCUGAUUACAUGAUGAACUCUCACUCGGGUCCAAUGGAUGACCCAAGAUACCACCAACAAGCUGUUCGACCCCUGCAGAUCACAGCUCGUCCUCACGAUUGGCAUCCAGAGUAUGCUGGGAUGCAGCCACGAGUAGAGGAUGAGGAUGAUGGUCAAGCACCUCCCCCACCAGUACAUCGAUCACGAACACACUCACAAUUGCCGACACCCAAAACCUCACCCAAUCCCUACCAACCCUACAUGCCUCAAUCAUCCAGGCAAUCAGCUUCUCAUAUCCCAUCAAGCAUGUCCACGCCGUCCCACCGUGGUCGCUACCAAGAGCGCGCCUCAACGGGAAAUUCGCCAGCCAUGCCUGCUAGCCUUGUCGCAGGGUAUGAAACAGAAGACUCGUCAGAGAGAGCAGCAUUUGAAAGAUCGGUCCGCAGACGCAGCCCACAUCCCCACUGGGAUGAUGAAAUGAUGCUCUCCGAGCCGCCUGCACCUGCCCCUGUGCCAGCACCCGUUCACUACGAUGCUCCUGUCUACCCUUUGCGAACAUCCCCACACCCUAUUGAGCAAAGACCGGUGUCUAGUAGAGGUGUGAGUCCCGAUACACGAGCCGUAACUCGCAAAUCAGUCAGCCCACGGCCAUCUUCCUCGGAUGGUCGUGGCGGUUCCUCAAUUCCCUUCUCUCCCGACUCCUAUAUUUCUCUGAACCCGAAUGCAUCUCGCCCCUCCAGCCGGGACCCCUCGCCAAUGUAUGACUCGCCCUCGCAGGCCAAAGAUGCCAUGGUACGCGCCAAGAUUGAGGCCCGACGAGACGCAGAUCAACCGAUUAUCGGAGACGACGGUCGUGAGAUCGAUCCCUCAGAUCACCUUCCCACCGAUACCUGGGCCCCCGAGCCUGAGAGAAAGAACCGCAAGCCAGAAGUAAUCAUUCGGUUCAAGCACUCCCCCCGACCAACAUCAAGAGGCAACGACUCUCCCUCGGCCCGUCCCACGCCUCCCCGCGUGGGAUUUAGAUCCGAAACCACAACAUACCCCGCAGACCGCCAGAUCAAGUAUACCCCCACCCACGGGCACGCAAACCCCGGCGCCGUCGUUCGCACACCACCUCGACAAGACUACACCCGUGAGCGCUCCGACAGCUACGCCCAAAGUCGAGGAUAUAACACACCAACCUCCGUCGACCGGCCGCGCUCUUCGCGAGGCUCUGUUUCGCCCUCUCCCAGCUCCCGCUCCCCACUGUACGACUACAACUCCGGCCCCCCAAUCCCAAACAAAGUGCCCAUCUCCGGAGGAAGCCCCAGCUACCCCGUCAUGUCUGGUAACCCCAGUGGCGGCCGCAUGGAUGCUUUGAGUCGCGAGCUGAGCACCAUCGACAUCGGCUCUCCUGGAUGCAGUCCUGGUCGUGGAGCUAUGCGGAAGUACGUUCCCAGGGCAUCUGCGUCAAUGGGCUACGCCAGUUAA